AUGAUGGAAGCAAUAAAAUCAUCAAAUUCUUUUAAAUGUGUUGAAAAAAUCACAAGGCCAUUGCGUCGUUUUUUAAAUAAAUUUCUUGACGAUUGGUCAUUAAGUUUUGCAGCAAUGCUUUCGUAUUAUUUAUUGAUUUUUCUUCUUUCAAUGAGCGUAGUAGUAGCUGGUAUAAUAGGCCUUUUUUUACGGAACGAUUUUGAUACACAACAGUAUAUAAAAGAUAAAAUCAUUAAUUCCAUUGCCACUGAUAAUAGCACAGCAGCUGACGUGAAAAAAGUAAUUGAUUUUGCUACCGAUAAAUUAACAAAAAACGCUAAUGGAUUUUUAAGUAUUGGUAUUGUUUUUACAAUUUUUGGUGCGUCUCGAUUAUUUGUUGCUAUCGAUAAAUGUAUGUGUAUUAUAUAUCGAAUACCGGAACGAGGAUUUAUCCGUCAAAAUUUAUUAGCUUUUGCGGCAGUUUUUAUAUUGAUAUUAAUUAUUCCAAUAAUGAUUGCAACUAGUUUAGUUUCUUCUGUAUUAUUCAGUAUAAUACCAAGUGAGGCUGGUCGUAUUGGAGCAUUGGCAGGUGGAAUCGGGCUCUCAUUACUUACAGCAUUUGUUUUUUUUGAGUUUAUAUAUUGGGUCAUUCCGAAUAAAAAAAUGUCACUUGUGGUUACAUGGUGUGGAUCUUUGAUUGCUGCUAUUACACUUGAAAUAUUUAUCACUUUAUUUCCAUUUUAUGUACAAAACUUUAUGAGUAAUUAUACAGGUCAACUUGGUUUUGCCGUUAUACUUCUUCUUUUUUUCUAUUAUUUUGCUACAAUAAUCAUUGUGGGUGCUCAAAUUAAUGCUGUCUUUUUUGAAAAUUAUCAAACAUUAGGUGGUGGAUUGGGAACAUGCGUAAGUCGUAUGCACGAAGAAUAUGGCGUUGGCGAUCUCAGAAGACCAUUGAUUGAUGGAAACAGUGAACCAAGAUCAUACACACAUUGA